AUGGCUAACUCGGAUGUUAAGUGUUGUAAUGCUAAUGUCAUCAAGGACCUCCUUGAUUUCUCCAUGCCUAGAGGUGCAUCUGAUGUUUUAAUCAAAGACGUUUCUGAUGUGGAGAUUAAAGAUGCUAUUUGGGGUUAUCAGUCUGCUUUUGUGAAUGAGAGAAGCAUUGUAGAUAACACACUUUUUGCUCAGGAACUUGUUAGAGGCUAUUCUAGGAAUAAUAUUUCGCCUAGAUGUGCUCUCAAAAUAUAUUUGCAAAAGGCUUUCGAUUAUUUAGAUUGGGAAUUUGUGAGGAUCAUCUUGCAUGCUUUGGGUUUACCUGAAAAAUUUAUUGGCUGGAUAUGGACAUUUAUUACGGGGCCUAGUUAUUCAAUUGUUCUUAAUGGUAGCCUAGUUGGUUACUUCAAGGGUGCUCAGGGUGUUAGGCAGGGGGACCCACUUUCCCCUUAUAUUUUUGUUCUGGCUAUGAAUGUUUUAUCUAGACUUUUAAACCUAGCUGCUGCUAAGGGGUUGAACAUUCCCAAUAAUGUUAGCUGGAGCUUCAAAUGCCUUUUGAAAAUUAGGCCUGCUAUCUCUCACAUUCUUGCUGGCUUGGUUUCUGACCUUAGUGUGAGACGAAUCUGGGAAAGCAUGCGUAUUGCAGUGCCCAAGGUCCCUUGGCAACACUUGGUUUGGUUCUCAGGGCGUAUUCCCAAGCAGAGUGUUAUUACAUGGAUGACUUUGUUAAAUCGUCUUCUUACGCGGUUAGAAUGGAGAGCUGGCUUGGGCGAUCCAUUGCCUCAAAGGAAAGUCUCUCUUUGUUAUGAUUCUCAAGCUCCUGGAAUGGUCAUGUCUAUUGUACCUGGAAAGAGAGAAACAACAGAUUGUUUGGGGGCAGUCCGAGGUCGGUGGAGGAUGUUCUACAAGAUAUUAAGGAAACCGUUCAAAUUCGAUUAUUCGAAAAGCCUGUUGACAGAGCUGACUUGA